UAUAUAUACAAGUAUCCCCCACUCCCUUAGACGCUUGUCACAACUUUGCUCCACUCUUGAAAAUAACAAAGAGAGAAAGCAAUACAAAACGAAAACCACUUCUUUUUCCAUUGGAAUUAGUCUCAAAAAGAAAGAAAAAAGAAAGAGUGAAAUCUAGUUCUUUGAGAUCAUCAUCAAGUAGUUAGAAUGGGAAGACCACCUUGCUGCGAUAAAACUGGGGUGAAAAAAGGACCAUGGACACCAGAAGAGGAUAUCAUCUUGGUUUCAUACAUUCAACAACAUGGUCCUGGAAACUGGAGAGCUGUUCCCAGUAAUACAGGUUUGCUUAGAUGCAGCAAAAGCUGUAGGCUUAGAUGGACUAAUUAUCUCCGACCCGGUAUCAAACGUGGCAACUUCACAGAACAUGAAGAAAAGAUGAUCAUCCACCUCCAAGCUCUUCUUGGCAACAGAUGGGCAGCGAUAGCGUCAUAUCUUCCACAAAGGACGGACAACGAUAUAAAAAAUUACUGGAAUACUCAUCUAAGGAAAAAGCUGAAGAAGCUUCAUGGGGAAGAUGAAAAUACUAUUCAAGAAGGAUCAACCUCAUCAUCAUCUCAAUCAAAUUUCUCAAAGGGACAAUGGGAAAGGAGACUUCAAACAGAUAUCCACAUGGCCAAAAAAGCCCUUUGUGAGGCUUUAUCACUAGACAAAUCCAAUUCGCAAGCAGAUCCUAUUAGUCCAAUUCCAGUCCAACCCGUUCAAGGAUCAAGUUCUUAUGCAUCUAGCGCGGAAAACAUUUCUAAGUUGCUUCAGAAUUGGAUGAAAAAUUCACCCAAAUCGUCUCAAUUAAGUCGAUCGGAUUCGGAAAAUACUCAAAGCUCGUUUAAUAACCCGUCAAUCAGGUCAGGGUCGGGUUCGAGUUCAAGUCCUAGUGAAGGGACCAUAAGUGCUACAACACCUGAGGGUUUCGACUCGUUGUUUAGUGAGGGCAAUGCUUUCACACCUGAAAAUACCGCGAUUUUUCAAGUUGAAAGCAAGCCAAAUUUGAAUGCUGAAAAUGGAUUUUUAUUUAACAAGCCAGGUUUGGAGGAGUCACAAGUCCCGUUAUCUUUGAUAGAGAAGUGGCUAUUUGAUGAUGCUAUUAAUGCACCAGCACAAGAUGAGUUUAUGGGAAUGAACUUGGGUGAAUCUGCUAACUUUUUUUGAAGAAACAUUUACUAGUAAAUGAUAGUCCUAGUAAAUAUUUCUUCAGAACAACAUAUAGCAAGUUUAAUGGUGGUGUUCUUUUAUCUGUUUUUUUGUGUUUGUUACUUGUUAAUUAGGCUUUGGAGUUUAGUUUAUAGGUUUUACUUACUUUGUAGCCUGAUCAAAAACUCUGAUAUGUGCAACGGCAAAAAAGUGUAAAUUACAAGUAAUGUUAAAGAUGCAUAUGUAGUGAAUAAUACUAAUAAUGAUUAGCUUCAACUGUUUGUACUA